UUUCCCAAAGAUGUCCAGAGUUACGCUGAUUGUAGUUUGUGUUUUGCUCUCCCUGAGCGGUCAAGCCUGGGCUCAAUAUGAGGCCGUAGAUCAGGCCAUUGCCUGGGCCAACAAUGUUUACCAAACCGUUGCCGUUGUGACCAGAGAGAAAUUACCUGUUUCGACUCAGGCUCAAAAGGAGGGCCAGGAUAUGCUGGAUACCUUAAAAUUGGGCCUAACCCAUUGCGAGACUGAGCUAAAGACCACCAGGAAUGUGGACCAGCACAAGACGUGUGUCAAUGCCUUGACAGCUGGCUAUUACGCCUCUUUGGGUCAAUUGGCCGGUGAACUGUGGGCCAUUCAUGGAGCCACCUCUGGAGCAUCGCGUAUCCGCUUGUUCUGGUAAUCACAAGGGAUUCUAGGAAGCUAAUUGAAACUAAAUAUAAAAAUAUAUAAAAGGAAUACUAAUUGUUAUUGGCUUAAGUUUAUGAAAACAUACAGAAAAUAAAGUGAAUAGUUGGAAAAUUA